GUGGCUUUCCAAUUGCACAAUUUGAGCACCCAGUCGAGCACAUGCGUGCGCAGUGCUUCAAACGCAUGUUCCAAAUUGUCGUUUUUAAGAUCUGUGUGUCAAACACGGUUGCGUUUUCCCCUUGCCCCUCAAACACCAGAUAAAGGUUUGCGCUUUUAACACAAAGUAUAAAAUUGAGGUUAUGUAGAUUUAGAUGUGUUUUGAAAUUUAAAAAAUGGAAUCACAACCGGGCUGCUCAAAACAACAUUCUCUUACAUUAUUGGAUGCAGAAACGAAUUCGGAAUAUGCAUUAUUGCUCAAUGAAGAAGACUAUAAAAGGGCUCAAAUAGAUGUUGCCUUUGCAUCUACACUAUUAAACUUUGCCAAAAAUGAAGAACUAAGGACUGAUGAAUACUUGAACAAGGAAAACAGACAGGAGCUGGAAUCUCCAAAAAGUGAAACAUGGGAUUACAAUGCUGUUCUUUGUUUGCUUAGUUGUAUGGAAAAUAACAUGGAGGACAUGCAACAUCCCAAAAAAAAGAAAAAUGUAUUCCCAAAUAUUAGCAAUGAACUUUUAAGCAAUGGCUUCAUAUACAACGCUACAGCAUGCUACAACAAAUGGCGCAGUCUCUUAAGAAGUUACAAAAGUACCAAAGAUAAAAACAACAAAACAGGCAGAGGUGCAAGCAGGUUUAUGUUUUUUGAACAAAUGGAUAAUUUAUUAGGAGAUAAACCAUCCAUCAGCGCCCAACAUACAAUGGAAUCUUCAGAAGCAAAUAGUAAUUUAAUUACAGAUAUUAAUACAAGUGACAAUAUGAGUUUAAUUGAAAACCAUACUGAUGUAGAACCUGACUUGGAAGUAAGUUCAGAGAACGAAAAAAGUGCCAACAGCCGAACAAAGUUUUUUCGGAAACGGAAGCGGGAUGUUGAAAUAAAAGAAGAGAAUAAAGAAAAACGACACAAAGACAGAAUAAAUAUUGAAAGAGAAAAGUUAACUGUGGAGAAACAAAAAGUGAAAAUCUUACAAGAAAUAUUGCUGAAGCUCAAUGAAAAUAACAAGAAUUAAGAAGUAUGCUAUAAUGCAAUUUAUUUUCGUUUAUUCCAAAAGUUGUGAUUAUUUAU